UUUGCUCGGAACACAAUUAUUUUGCUCGAGACCGGUUCUCUCUCCAAUCUUCACUCGCGAAACCGAAUUCUCAGACUCAGCCAACCCGAAACAAUCUUUAUAUGAUUCUUCAUUCCUAACCUCAUGAUUCUCGUUUACUCAUUCCCCUCCCAACCGCAUCAUCAAUUUCCGUUUCCGACACCAUCCACCGAGAACUCCCUCGGCGUGUCACUCCUCCAUUCGCCGUCCCUCCGGUGCCUGUGAUCACCGCCUCGCACCGCUAUCAAACCCCUCAACGCCUCAACCUUCUCCCCUCUUGUAACAGUUUCCUCGUCGCACCAAAACACUACACAAUACAUCCCUCUCUCUCUCUCUCUCUCUCUCUCUCUCUCUCUCUCUCUCUCUCUCUCUCUCUCUCUCUCUCUCUCUAACACACACACACACACUCAACACUGAAUUGAGAUUACAGCAUAAUCAUGGAUAUGGCUCAGCUGAAGACACGAGCUCGAACUGCAUUGGGCGUUGGAGCUUCUGCGACUUCACCGAAGAGAAGGAAAAUCGCCAUUAACAAAAACAGCAACAACAUCUCACCGUCCUCCUGCGUUCAACUCAAGAGUAAUACAACGUCGCCGGAGUCGGAGGAGCGCUGUUCCGGUGAAUCUCCGGCGUCGUGUUGCUCCAGCAACGGAUCAUUCGACGAAAACCGAAUCAUCAAAUUCUCAGAUCUGGAGGUAGAGAACGCUCAAGUUGAAACGUCGACGUGCAACUGCGGUGAACAACAAAUGAGGAGGGAGAUGAGUCUCUCGAGUGACCUUCGAAUUACGAAUUCGCAGGAGGUGGAUUCAGCGGAGAAGAAGCCAACGAUGCAGACCAAAACCAAGUCUCGAUGUUGCGUUCCACCAGCGCCGCAGAAAAUGCCAACGGAGUCAGAGCUCGAAGAAUUCUUCGCCGCCGCUGAGAAAGACAUUCAGAAACGCUUCUCAGAAAAGUAUAAUUAUGAUAUUGUGAAGGACAUGCCCUUGGAAGGACGAUACGAGUGGGUGAAAUUGAAGCCAUAAAAGUGACCAACCUUGAAGAAAGAAAAAUGUGAAACACUACUUGCUGACAUUAUUCUCACAUUAAUUUACUUGAGGUACUUGAUUUUAAUUACUUUUGUUUUCUGUCUUCCACGGUAGGAGUACGCUUUUGUUUGGUGUACAGUUAUGUUUAGUUUUCCUCCAUGGUUAAGGUGAAGGGUUAUUUAUCCCCCGAUUGUUAUUUGUGUACGGGUUAUAGAUACGGAGAAGCUAGUUCUGUGCGGAAUUCUGUAAAUUCCGUUGGUGAGGACUGUAGCGCAAAUGGUUCCUAUAAGGCUAUAACAAAAUUGUAGCCUCAAUUUUCUUUCUUUGUGCUUCCCCCUAAAAUUCGUGUCUGUUUCUCUGGUUUUAACUUUGAAGGGUACAGCAAAGUCAGUGACUGUUAUGUUAUCUUCUCUUUUUUUCUUUAUCUUUUCUUUCCUUCUUCUUCUUUUUCCCCUUUCCAAGACGAAAAUUUAACCCGUCUUUAUCUGUCUUGUCAUUUCAUUGAUUUGUAUUUUUAGUGCUGAUUUGUCUUUUCCCUUUUUUAAACAAUGGAAAAACUUUGCCUUUUGUCCCGAAACUUUCUGCGAUAACUUGGGUGCUGUUUCUGCGUGGAUGGCGAGGUCUUUUCCGUUCCAUAUAAAAUAUUAUAUUAAAUCAAAAGGGAACAAAAUAACACAGUGAAGAAUAUUAUCAAGCAUGGUGAAAUGUUGGAGGAGGACGUGAUUGUUUGUCUAAUUAUAGGAGGAAAUGGGCGUGAGUUACAGUUACAGAAAUGUAGAGGGGAUUGGACGGACAGGUGAUCUUAUUUACCUUUACCCCAUGUGAGAAAAGUCUUCCAGUUUUGGAACCAAAUUCAUUCCACUUUCUCAAGUACAACAAAAUUGGUACAGACUACAGAGUAAAACUAGAGCAUUGUUAUUUCUA